AAAAUUUGACAUUAAAAAUCUCUGGUUCGUAAAUUGUAAUCGUUCGCUGGUCAAAUUUUUAUAAACAAUUAAUAUAUUUUUAACAAUGUACUAAAUUUCCUCCCCGUAUGUGUGUAUAAACUCUCGAUAUAACCAAUAAACAUGAGCAGCACCAGUUCCGAAUAUAAUGCCGAACCCCUACAAAGAGAACCAAUAGUUCAGCGUCCCCGACCACCACCAGAAGCUCUUACCAAGGGUCGAGCAAAUCUACGCAAAUGGCUAGGUAAGACAUUUAGGGUUGUCAUAACCGACGGACGUGUACUUACCGGCUUCUUCAACUGCACCGACAAAGACGCUAACGUAGUGCUAUCGAUGUGCACCGAAUACUUGGAAGAAGGAAAAGAUGCACGAGUCCUGGGAAAUGUAAUGAUUCCAGGAAAGCACAUAGUAUCAAUAUCAGUUGACAUGCCUGCCGAUCCACCAAUGACAUCUCAGGAAUUAAUACAAUGACUAGCACGCAAUUAGAUAAAACUCUUUUCUAUUUAUUAAACCAUUUUAAUAACAA